AUGCCUACCCGAACUUCGAAGACCCGCAAGCUUCGCGGCCACGUCUCUCACGGCCACGGUCGUGUUGGCAAGCACCGCAAGCACCCAGGUGGUCGUGGUCUGGCUGGUGGUCAGCACCACCACCGUACCAACAUGGACAAGUACCAUCCCGGUUACUUCGGUAAGGUUGGUAUGCGAUACUUCCACAAGCAGCAGAACCACUUCUGGAAGCCCGUCAUCAACCUGGACAAGCUGUGGGCUCUCGUUCCCACCGAGACCCGCGACGCUUACGUCUCCGGCGCCAAGAAGGACACCGUCCCCGUCCUCGACCUCCUCCCCCUCGGCUACUCCAAGGUCCUCGGCAAGGGCCGUCUCCCUGAGAUCCCCCUGGUUGUCCGCGCAAGAUGGGUCAGCAAGCUGGCUGAGAAGAAGAUCAACGAGGCCGGUGGUGUUGUCGAGCUGGUUGCUUAA